AUGAGUGCAGAUUACGAAACAAUCAAAAGACAAGCAAUUGGUCGACAAGGAUUUAUUGGAAGCUUGUAUGAUGUUCGUAAUGAUCGUUUCGAAGGUCGAAGUUUAUUCAAUCAGACGGUUCCGUCAUCGUAUAUUUCAACAACUGAUUGUGCUCAUUCAACUUAUAUUGUCGAUGAAAAUGAAUCCCAAAAAGAAACAUUCAACAAUCUUAAUAUUGAUGCAUCGAUGAAAAUUAGUCUUAUGGCUGGUCUAUUCAAUAUCGAAGGUUCUGCUAAAUAUUUAAAUCAAACAAAAACCAAUAGUCGAACAGUUCGAGUAACACAUAUUCUUCAAAUGAAAACAAAAAAAGAUCAUUUACAUAUUAGUAUGGCUGAUUUGUGCCAAUAUUUUUCAUCAGAUGCAUUAGAGAAUCAGAACGCAACACAUUGUGUUAUUGGAAUUACUUGGGGUGCAAAUGUUGCAGCUACAUUUGAAGAAAUAUUGGCUACUUCGGAAGAAGCUACAGAACUUCAAGGUCAACUGUCAGCAUGCUUGAAAAAGCCAACAAUAAGCGUUAGUGGUGAUGCAAGUGUGAAAAAUGUUGACCAAAGUGAUUCCAAGUUUCAUUCAUUGAAAAUCAAUAUUUCUGGCGAUAUCAAGUUAAGCACUGUUCCACGUACAGUUGAAGACGUUUUUAAAGCAUUCAGUGAAGUACCAUCAAAAUUGAACGAAUUAAAUGAUGGAAAAGGACAGCAGCUCGAAUUUGAAUUAUAUCCAUUGAAACGAAUGGCUCAAAUUUUUAAAUAUGAAAUAUCCGUUCAACGAGUCAUUAAAGAUGUAUCCAUUUAUCUCAUGAGUCGCCUUGAAGAUACUUUUGAACAAAUAAUUCGUAGUAAAAGAAUGCUCAAUGAUUUUCUUGACAAAGUUACACCAUGGCAAGAUUGGCUUGCACCGGAUUGGAUUGAUGCUAUUACUAAUAAACAAACUAAUUUGAAUAGAGUACAAACGGACACGUUACAUCAACUUGGAACACUAGUUGAACAGAUACGUCGGGGCGAAGUGGAGGAAAACAAAAUGACUGAAUUAUUAGAAAAUUUCGACAAAAAUAACCCAUGUUCUGUCGUGUCAAUGCGCCGGUUUUUGGAAGAAAAUUCGAGAAAUAUUAUCAAAAUUGAAGCACUGAACGAAAUCUGUCGGUUUUUACUGGAGACAAGAGGAGAAAACAAGCAAUCAACAGGAGGAUAUUCAGGCAUUCUGUUUCCGAAAAACACUUCGAUUCAUAGCUUUCUUAAUAAAAAUCAUGAUUAUGAUAUUUAUCUGUUACAUAUUUCAAAUAAAUGGAAAGAAAGCGAUGAACGAAAUUGGUAUAAGCAAAUACGACUUUUUACUAACUUGUACAAAUCUCAAGAGCAAAAUCAAGCACGAAAAGCGAUUUUUCGAGUGGUUGAUCAUGAUUUUCUUGUUGAUAUGGAUGAAAAGCCUGAUAAAUGCGUGAUUUAUCAUGCGAGUCGUGGAGUUAUCAACACAAAAGAUUAUUUUUAUACUUCGCUGGUAACUUUAGCGCAAGAUCAAAUUCGAGCAUUGCGAACGGAACAUAAACUUACAAACAUAACUAAUAAAGAAAUUGAAGCAUUGCACAAAAAAUUUAUUGCUGCACAUGGCGAACCACAACACUAUUGUAAUUAUGCAUUUAAGGCGUUCGAUAAAAAUGACAGUGGAACGCUUACCUUUGAUGAAUACAUGUCAGCUUAUUCUCUGACAUUGCCAGGUGAUAUAGAACACCAACUGGCACUCACUUUUCAAUUGUGUGCUUAUCAUGGUCAAGACAAAGUCAGUAGCGAAGACUUACUCCAACUUAUGGAAGCCGUAGCAGAAUUGAAAGGUGUUGAUUCAAGUGCUAUAUCGUUGUUUGCCAAAACCAUUAUGAAAAUUACUAAAUCAGAAAAGGAUGAAAAGAUAACAAAAGAAGAAUUUAUUCGUCGGUAG